AUGACAACAAGGAUAACUUUCAGGUACAAGAGCGAGACCACAGGCGACUGCGUCAUCAAGUGGGUGCUCCCCUUCAUGGUUGGAGGCGACGAGCCCAGGUCACCACUACCGCCAGGACCACCACCCGGGAGGACCAACGAGGUGUUCGACGUUACUACACCCGAAAGGGUCCACAUGUUCUGCAAGAAGGUCAUCUUCGCCAUCUACCAGUUCAGCCACCUUGACCCAGCAUCAUUUCUUGCAGACAUGCAACAUGGGAGGGGACUUCUACAAACAGGUCAGGUGAUACAAGACAUCGCAAGGGACGUGACCACAUGCCCCAUCAACAUGGCUUUGGUGCUGGACAAGCUCUGGGACACUGAGGAUGACGCCGACAUGCUCUGCCUUACCAGCUCGUCGGCGCCCUCCAUAUUCCGUGGACCGAUCAGCAUCGACGGCCACAGCUCCAUAUUGAGUGGCUUCGAGCUCAGCUUCAGCUACAUCUCGGAAUCGACCUCCAGCGAGGUCCAGAGCGACAAUUCCAGCAGCGAGUACGAGCAGCAUCAGCAUUCUCCUCUCGACAGCGAGGACGACAUCUACGCCGCCAAGGUCAGCAUCAUGGCAAAGGCAGGCACUCUACCCGACCCUGGGCUGAGCAGCGCGGUACCAGUACCGGGCCUCGACGAUGCUGACGACGAACUUGCAGCUCUACAGCUUAUGGUCACCAGUCAGGAUUCGCCAUUCGGCUGGGAGUUCGACGGCACGGAUGCGAAGCUCAGCGACAUCUUCGUGGACAUCAGCACGAGGAACAUGACGCCCCACGAGCGUGCGGCGUUCAUGCAGGGCAAGCGGAAGGAGCUGACGGAGUUCUUCGGCAAUGACGUCUGGGAGUCUCACAAGCCCACCGGGGAGGAGGACCCUCGGCGGAUACUCAAGGCGAAGUGGGUGCUCAAGUGGACAAAGAACGACGACGGCGCACCACGUGCCAAGGCGCGGCUGGCACAUUUCAAGGUGCCCAAAGACGCGGCAGAGCUCAUGGGCAUCGAGCCGAAUACUCUUAUGAAGCUCAUUAAGCGAAUGUACGGCCAGGUGGACGCACCGAGGCGUUGGUGGCUACGUGCGGUGGACGACCUGAAGGCCAGUGGUCUGAAGCAGCAUCCUUUGGACCCCUGCGCGUUCCUCAGUUUCGAUGAGGACGGCAAUAAUGACGGUUUCAUUCUACUCUAUGUGGACGACAUGCUGGGAGGUAAAUUGACGCAGACCCCGCACUGGGAGAACCCGAAGUCGAACAGCAGCGAGAUUGAGGUGAAGAUGGCGACCUACGUCAAGAACCUGGAGCCCAUCACGAUCGAGGCGAACGAGACACUGCGGUUCUACAAGCAGAACUCGGACGUCGGGCUCAAGAUUAAGAAGAUCGGCCAGGUAUGCGACAUAGUGUUCGUAGCAAUGACGGACGCAGCCUGGGGAGUUCGACUGGGAGGGUCCAGUCAAGGUGGCUACGUCGUCCUGGCAUGCCACAAGAAGAUAUUCGACGGACACGAGUCCGACUUUAGCGUGAUCGACUGGAAGUCUUUCAAGCUACUGCGCAUGGCGCGUUCCUCUCUACAUGCGGAGUCACAGGCAGCAGCAGCGGGCAUGGAUGGCUGGGAGUUUGCGAUGCGAUUCUGGGCAGCCCUGAUCUACGACGGCGUGGACAUCACGAAGGAUGAAAGCACCCGCAUGGCGGGUGAGCCAGCACUAGUUGUGGACGCGAAGGCGCUCUACGACGCGGCCCAGAAGGAGAGCAUCGCUAGCUUCCAGGACAAGCGAACCGGCAUCGAGGUGCUAGCGCUGCGUGGGAGGAUGGAGGCUACAAUGACACGCUGGAGGUGGGUAUCUUCAGAGAGGCAAUGCGCGGACGGGCUCGCGAAGAUCGCGGCGAGACAGCUCCUCGCCGACCGUCUGCGACAUGGCUGGCUACAGCUCAAGCAUGACCCGAACUACCCGGCGGCGAAGAAGAAGACCAAGGAAGAGCGACAGGAUAGCAUCGAUCAGACCAGGCCGGCGGCGUCGGCGGCUACGCGGAAGGCAACGACACCGUUCAUGCAGUUGGCGGUGUUCGCAAUUUGUUGUUGCAGAUCGGCGGCUCACUCGGGCUGCGACGCGAAGAACGAGAACAUCGCGGGGGCCGAGUUCAAAUGCAAGACUGAGUUGGCAGUUCUCCGGGCGAAGGCCGAAAAGGAGCGGAUCGAGAAGGUGCGCGACCUCGGUCUGCGCGCCCGCGAAGCUGGCGCGCGGGCGACCGAGGAGGGCGCCGCCCUGCAAAGCGAGCUGGGAGCUGCGCGCCGCGAGCUGCGGGGCACGUUGUGCGAGGCGCAGCGGGCCGAGGAGGCGGCGAGGCAGGCAGCCAUGCGGCGGGCGCCGAUUGCCGCCGAGUGGCGCGAGGCGGAGGCGCUUCGCUCCGCGUCCGGCGCCGCCGAGGCCGCGGCCGCCGCGCUGCGGGAGCAGCGGGGGGCGCUGCGCGCCGAGGAGCGCGAGCUGCUCGGGUCCCUCGGGCGCGGCGGCGAGGAGGUGGAGCGGCAGCAGGAGACGGCCCGGCAGCUGGAGGCGGCGCUGGAGGGCCAGCGGGCCCUGCUGGGGCGCCGCCGGGCGCGCUCCGCGGGCCUGCACGCGGAGCUGCAGCAGGUGCUGCGGGACCUCGAGCAGGACGACCACCAACAUUCGAGGCGCUGCGAAGCGGAGCUCGCUGCGAGGGUGGCGCUGCUCGAGGGGGAGGCGCAGUCGGCAAGGGCCACCUCCGACCGCUGCGCACUGAGCGGCGGCUGCAAGGCGCCAGCCACCCGGGCCUCCGAGCGCGUCGAUGUCCUCGGCCUCGGCCUCCGGUUGCGUCCCAAUAGCCCUCCCAUCGGUCUCUGGAAUUUCGUGGAUGACGCAGUCGUGCACAGCGAGGGCAUUGUGGCUUCUGUUCGGACCCAGAUGGUGGCAUUGGCGGGACAGCUCGUGCAGUCGUUUGCCGAACAGUGGCUGCCGAUCUCGGACAAGACCACAUUGGUCUCUAACUCGGGAUCGCUCGGCCGCGGCUUGGAGAGCGAUCUGAAAGCCACGAGCUUGCCCAUCAGUAGGACUGCCUUUGCCGUAGACCUGGGCUGGGACACGACGGCAGGAGCUCGCAGAGUCGUCCGCGAGUUGGGAGAGCCGAGCCAAGUGCCGGCUCCACUGAGCGGGGCGCCGCUGGGCCUGCGCGCUCGCUGGGUGGUGCCCGGCUCCGGGCUUGCGGGAGCGGGCGCCACCGCGUCUGAGGCCGUGACAGGCGCGUUGCUUGCGCGCCGCGCGGUGGGCGGCCCCGCCCCUGAAGAGCUCGUUGGCCGCUUCGAGGAGACGACCCGCGCGCAGCUGAAGGCCAACAGGGAUAUGAGUGCGACAUCGCUGCCAUCACCGUCCUGGCUGGUCAAGGUGAAACGGCCCGAGGGGCUGGCAGUAUACGGCUUCCGAACGCUACCGUCCGCUGCCGACGUGUUGGCGGGCAUCAUGGAGGCGGUCUUCCUCUCUGGCGGCGUCCGCCCUGCGUCGCACGCCAACAUGCCUCUGGCUGCCGGCAGCGUGGGCGGCUUGGCGGCGGGCGUGCGCGCGUUGGCGGAUCCUGCGCCGUCCCCGCCCGCGGACGCGCCUGGCGGCGCCCUCGCGCUGCCCGCUGCGGCCCUUGGGGCCGCGGCGCCGCCGCUCGCUGCGGCCGACCUUCGAGUCGACGCCGUGAGCAUCGACGUCCGCGGCGACCGCUGGAGGGACUUCCUCGAGGGAGCCGCCUCGCCGACGGCCUGGCAUACCAAUUGGAUGGUCGAGGGGCGGAUCGCGGAGGGCGAUCCGAUUACGCGUGAGCACGGCCUCCUUUGCCGCAUCCUGGAGCUGACGGUGGGCUACGACCAAGUCAAUAUGGGAGAGCUGGCGCAUCUGGAGAUGACGGCGCGGCGCCUCUUCAGCCACGUGAAGAGAAGCCCGUUGCAGUUGCCGGACGUUCGGGGCCUGGACUGGGCAAGCCCUGCGUCGACCCUGCCGGCGAGCGCGUCAUGGGCAGGCAUGGGGCUCAGCCCCGAAGUUUCAAGCUACAUGGCGGCUGCGGACAUCCAGUGCGCCUUCUUCCACAUGGGGCUUCUCUCGGGCCGCCGCCACCACGUCUUCGUGGACAACGUGGCUCUGGCGCUCACUGCCGGCAGGGGCCGCGGCCGCGCGGCCAAGCGCCGCGUCGCCUCUCGGUGUCGGUUGAUGGGUGCAGCGCGGUCGUCGGUGCAGGAGCUCGACGUGAUCUCGGCGGCCUUCCUGGCGCGCCCGGCCGAGCGGUGGCCGCUGUGGGCGGCUCUGAAGCUCGCCCGUCAUGGCGGCGCGGCGCUGCGGGGCUUCGACGCGGCGGACGUGCGCGGCGCCCUCGACCAGGCGACGGGGCGGCUGGGUUCGGAGGCGCAGCCUUCCCUGCAUGUGCUUCGGCACAGCGCGGCCAGCGACGACCUCCCGGCGGCGCGGUUCUCGUUGCCCGAGGCGAAAGACGCUGGAAGGUGGAUCGCCGAUUGCUGUCUGCGGCGGUCUGCAAAGAGGGCCAAGCUGCAGCGACAGAUGGACGACCUGCCCGACGAGGUGACGUCUAUCGGCCAGCUGGUGGAUGCCCACCUCGGGGCGCUGAUUGAGGCAGCUGCCCUGGGGAUGCCCUUCCCGCGGCCUGUUCCCGUGCGGCUGGCGGUGGUGAACGACGUUAUGACCAGCGUCGUUUUCGCGUCAAGAUUGCUGUUCAAGAUAGUCGUGGUAUCCCGUGGGCUCAUGGCGUGCCCUGUAUUCAAGCUGCAGAGAUCCGUCGCCGUGGACGGCGAGGAGGGCGGGGACACGUGGGACUGCGGAUUCGCUUGGCAGGCCGUCAUGGACUUUGUGGUCGGCUUCCCGGCGACCGCGCAGAAGUGGUGGCUCGACGUCACCGUGCGUUCGCCCUUGGGCAGCGCGCUGUUCGCCUCGAGCAGGGUGGCCGGGUCCGCGGCGGCAGUGGGUGACAAUUGCAAGAACGUCCGCUACGGCGCUGGCGUGCGCAGCAUCAGCGUCGAGUCGGGCGGGCGGCUGAGCGCAAGCGCAGCGACUGCACUCGCGGACCUCGCUGCGGCGUCGCAGCCUUACGGCCGGCGGCAGCGGGGCGGGCGCCGUGGCACGACAGCACUAGCGCUCGCUGGGCGCGUCUGUGCGCUCGUCGUCGCAUGGUGCGCGGACGCGACGCUGGCGGGGCGGCACCUGCUCGCCUGGACGCCCCGCUCCGUUCCGCCCGCGCGCCAGCACGUGCUCGCGGUCCUCGCGGCGGCCUCGCUCGUCUGUGUGGUGAUGGCCUUCUGGGUGGGCUGGAAGAGCUCCAGGGCCAUGAUGAAGACGCUCACGGUGUCGACGAUCGUGCUCGGCGUCAUCCUGCUGGCCGUGGCCCUGUUCGCCAGGCUGUACAGCAACAGCGCCAGGCCGGACGUGGUGCGCGUGGCCAAUCUUGUGUGUCAGGACGUCCACGUUUGGAAGUGCCAGGCCGGCAGCUCCGAGCUCGAGGCCAGCCCUGAGGAGGAGCCCGAGAGGCGGCUGCUCGACCGAGCGCCCGCGCGGCCACGUCCGCAGCGGUCUAUCGCAGGGGCGGAGUUGCUGGGCUUGCUCGUGAUUCUCAAGUACUCCCUGCCGCCCAUCACGGCCUCGUUCGACGCCUCCUUCGUCGCCGAUGGGCUGCUCGAGCGCGGGCGCGCAGCCGCCGCCGAGGCGACGGCGGCCCAGGGGGCUCUGUGGCGCAGGACCUGGCGAGUUCUCGAUGACUACGGGGGCCCGGGCGACAGGGCUCUCGCGGCCAAGGAGAUCAAGGGCCACGCCGCCAGGCAGGGCGCGGACAGGUGCGCCAAGUGCGCCGCUCAGGUCUUCCGUUCUCCUGCUGGCGUCAGGAAGGCUCGUGAGGUCAGGGCCCUUGCUCUCGAUGAAGUUGCUCAUUGGGUUGGUGCCGCUGGUGGCGAAUCGACCCAGUUCCGACGGGUCUUCGAUGGGGGUUGCGAGGGGUGCAAGAAGGGCCCGCUUCUCUCGCUCAGGAAGCACGAGACCUUCAAGAUCGCGAACGACGGGGUCCGCUGCGUCAUGUGCCUCAGGUCUGCUUGGGGCGUGAGUGGCAUCGAGGAGCUCUACGGCCACGCCUGCGACCACGAGGCCUUCGCCCCGGGCGCCGGCGGGGCCUGGCGCCGGAGGGCCGAGAGCGCCAGGGUCGGCCCAGAGGCUGAGGACGGCGAGGGGGCAGGAGCUGCCGCGGCUGGCGCUGCCUCGGGGUCGGGAUCUCAGGGCGUCACGAGCGAGCGCGACCUGCGCGCCAUCAGCGGGUACCGCGGGUGCAAGAGAUGCCGCUGCUACGCGCGGGAGAUCAAUGGCAAGCACGGGGUGGUUGGUGGCGAGUGCCAGCCCGCGUCGGGCGAGGCGCUCGGGGGGAUGCGGAAGAUCGAGCAGAUCAGGGCUGGCUUCGACCUGAAGACGGGCAGACUGCAGAGGCGCCUCACUUCUCCUUGA